AUGUCAGUCACUACCUGCUCGACUACGGCGACACGCCUCAACCACUUAACCGGGAAGAGGACCAACUCGUUGGGAUGGGCAAAGUCAGAUUGCCACACGUGCUCCUCGCUCGGCCGUUCGUGUGACCGGCGGCGGCCUCGCUGCAGUGCCUGUCUUGCUGACGGGGUGAUAUGCGCGGGCUAUGUGCAGCAACUCAACUGGGAGAGAGGCGCUUUGAAGGUUGGGAAACGGAGGCCCAAGGAACAGGCCGAGGUCGUCCGAGAAGUCAAACCUGAGAAGCCGCCGGCGCCUCUACCGCGGCCAUCCUCUUACACUUUCGUCGAUCAAACCGUCUCACAGACACGGUACAGGCGGAGAUCGAGGAACAACUCGAGAUCAAGCGAACUAAGUAUCCCAACCUCCAAUGCGGCAGACGCCUUGGUCAACGUGACACUCUCCAGCGGCUCAGAGUCAGUUGCCUCUGCAUCUCCAUCCUCGACAUGGUCGGCUCUGAGCGCGAGUACGCCCCCACUGGUCGACACCGGCCAUCAGCUUGACCUUGUCCUCUGCCCCCAAGUGAGCCGUCACCCGGGAGAAAUCGAGUAUGCGUUAUCAUUCUUCCAUUCCUGCUUCGCCAACACCACGCUCACCUUCCCCGUGAAAAUCAAUCCGUGGCGAGCCUGCCUGCCAUCCAUUCACGACGAUUUCCCUUCCGUACGUUAUGCCGCGGCGGCGCUGGCAAAGCGUCAGCAAGCCCACUUCGACGGGAAGCCAGAGAGUGCCUUGAUCUUGCGCCUCAAGUCUCAAGCCUUGUCGGUCUUUGCGUCGCACCUCAACGAUCUGUCGUUCGAGUGCGGCCUCAGUACGGUGCUUCUCCUCAUCGGGCUCGAUUACGCCGAAACGGGGGUGGCCAACUGGAACAUCCACUUGCGGGGGGCCUACCGCAUUCUCGAGUCCCACGGCGGCAUUCGACUGGCGGAAUCACGACCGAACCUUCGAAGUCAGAUUGCCAUGUUGAUCUGGUACGAUGUCAAUGCCGCAUUGAUCUCGCGACGCGGUCCGACCUUUCCAAGGACCUACAUUGAAGCGCUCAUGGCGUGGCAGGACGAUGACGAAUGGAGCAUGCUGGGUCUCAAUGGUCUCCCGGACGGCAUGUUUCUUGACAUGCACAGACUUGCUGUUGCCGCUGCCGACAUUGAUUCUGCAGACCCAGAAGCGCUCGAAGAGAUCCGCCAGAAUAUUCUUGGUACAGUGAUCAACAUGGAACAGGGCAAAUAUCAGGCUCUGAUGUCGGAAAUAUGGAGGAUGGGCAUCUUGUUGUACUUUACUCGAGUGUUCUGGCCGUUCCGGGUCUACGAUCUGACGGCAAUAGAUUACCAGGCCGACUUGGACACGUUCACGAGCCACGAAGGGACCGCCGAGUGGGACUUUGAACCGCGUUCUGUGGCUAUUCAGAUUCUCACCAUGGUUGCCAACAUUCCGUCACACAGUAGCUUUCAGAAGCAGUGCCUGAUGCCCAUUGUGCUGGCCGGGUGCGAAAUGUCCAGCGCGGAGUGGGCUUUCAGAAAAAUCGCCACCGAGUACUCUGAGCGAUGGAAACAGAAGACCGGCAUUUGGAUUUUCGAUUCGGGACUGGAAUUUAUGAGGGGCGUUUGGGCUAAGAAUGAUAUGGCCAUGCUCGCCGACACGGAGGAUGGAGUUGACAAGCCAUGGGUGCCUUGGACUGAGAUAUACCCGCCAAGUACCGAAUAUGGCUUUCUGUUUGGGUGA